AUAAUAAGGAAUUACACUUAUGUGUAUAUAUAUAUAAUACAGAAAUCAUAUAAAAUAGGUCAAAAUUCAUCACAAGUAAUUUUAUAACGUUGCUUUUGGAAAAGAUUCCAAUCAUGGCUGUAUUAAAUAAUGUAAUUCUUUUGGAAAUUAUUCUUCUUAUUACGUUGUGCUUCUGUAGCAAUGCUUCUGUAUUAAAUGAGGAACAAAAAUUGAGGGAUGAAGAAAUUGCACGUCUCACUGCUUUAGGAAUGGUUGAGCCAGAAUUGUUUUACGACUUAACGCACACAGAAAAUUUUUAUAACAAUUGCCCAUAUAGAUUACAGGCGAUGAACGAAACUCAUCAUGGAAUUUGGUAUUCUUACAGUAUGAAUGGCAGACAAAAAUUUUGGGAUAAUAAUUAUAUUUUUAAACGAAUUUAUGAUAUAGCAAUUAAUAUUUAUACACGUAAUAAUCUGUCAUCUGUAUUAAGUUUUGAAGAUUGCUUUUCAAUUAUUCAUUACACUGAUUAUGGCUUUGAAAGAAUAAGAGAUGAUACGGAUGAAGGUAGACAAAUGAGGAAUGCUUUCUACAGAUUAGCAAUUGUACAAUCCAAAGAUCCAAAUAAAUAUCAUAAUUCUAUAUUGUAUCGAGGACAAAGUCAACUGAAUACAUGGUAUGAAGAACGUUAUGGUGAAAAUAAAACGGAAGAAUUGACAAGAUUUACUUCAACAGCACCAAGUGAAGAAGUAGCAACUGAAUAUGCGAAAAUAAGAAAAAAUGGAACUAACAUGAUUUCAGCACUUUAUGAAAUGCAUUUUUCAAAGCCAUUUUUGAGUGCAAAUAUUGACAAUAUAACACGUUACGAUAUUCAAAAAGAAACAGUGCUGCUUCCAGAAACGAAAUUAAUUGUUAACAAUAGGACUUGGAGAAAGGGAGAAAAUCCAUCUUUUUGGAAAAUAAUUCAAGGAAAUAGAUAUCGUGUUACUGAUGUUGAUUUAAGAAUAAAUGUAACUCAUAAUGAUGAAAAUUUGAGUAUAUUUGAGCAACAGAAAAAAGUAAUGAUAAAAUUAAAAGAACUAAAAGAUUCUGGUACGACAUUUUAUGUGGACUGUGAAAAAUAUCAGAUCCCAAGUAGCAAGUAAUUUUACUGUAAUAUUAAAAUGUCCGCCUUAUGGUAAUAUUAUUUCUGUUUUAUCAUAAAGAACUUUGAAAUUUUUAUGUAUUUCAAAUAAACGUGUAAUAUUGCUGUAAUAUUACUGUAAUGUUACUAUUACAUUUAGGCUGUAGGCUAAUCACCAACGGCAUUUUUCGCAAACAUUUUUGGGCUUGGCUUUUGACUUUGAAAAUUGUUAUACCUACAUAAAAAUUAAAAAGCUAAUGGAAUUAUUUAAAAAUAAUUGUCGAAUGUGUCAGUUUUGUUCCAUUACUGAUAAACCUUACUGAUAAUGAAUUUCCACGAAAUAUUUAGUUUUGAUAAAUAAAAAUUUUCUUUAACCAAAUAACAUCAUUUUGAAUAUUUUAUUUAACUUCUGUGUUUCUCAUUCGAAUUAAAUAAACAUUGUUUGUAUUAUUGGUAAUUAAAGUUUAUGAAAAUA